AUGGUGGCUGUUGCAUCCAGCCACACCAUUUUUCAGAAGGUGUCAGUCAAUGGACAGGAUCAGGGGCAGCUUAAGGGCGUCCGCGCCCCCUCCAGCGACUACCCGAUCAUGAACAUCAACGACGGAAACUUUGCCUGCAACACCGGCAUCCAAUACAAGGACAAUACCAUCAUCAACAUCCCGGCCGGAGCGCGGGUCGGUGCCUGGUGGGGACACGUUAUCGGUGGUGCCCAGUCCCCCAACGAUCCCGACCACCCAAUUGCACGGAGCCACAAGGGUCCCAUCAUCGUCUACCUUGCCAAGGUCGACAAUGCCGCCACGGCUGGUACUACGGGUCACAAGUGGUUCAAGGUUGCCGAGAGCGGCCUGAACGGUGGAGUUUGGGCAGUUGAUACCAUGAUCUCUAACGCCGGAUGGCACUACUUCAACAUGCCGACCUGCGUCGCUCCCGGUGACUAUCUGAUGAGGGUCGAGCUCAUCGCCCUCCACAGCGCGGGGUCCGCGGGACAAGCCCAGUUCUACAUGGAGUGUGCCCAGAUCCGUAUCACCGGCUCUGGCACCAACACCGGCACGAACUUUGUCAGCUUCCCCGGAGCGUACAAGGCCGACCACCCCGGCAUCAAAAUCAACAUCUACGACAACACUGGCAACCCGAAUGGCGGCGGUCGGCCGUAUCAGAUUCCCGGGCCGCAGGUUCUUUCUUGCUGA